UGGCCUUGGCCUCCUUCAGGGCCUCGCUCCCGAUCGCCGCCGCCACCGCCGUCGUGAGGACCCGUGCCGCCGUCGUCCGCCGCGCCAUGUCCUCCUCCUCCGUCUCCGUCUCUGGCUCGCAAGCGAGGGUGGGCGUGGUGCAGAUGACCUCCGUGGGGGACCUCGACGCCAACUACGCCACCUGCUCCCGCCUCACCAAGGAAGCUGCUGCCGCCGGAGUGAAAUUUCUCUGCUUCCCUGAGGUCUUCUCAUUCAUAGGAUCCAAGGAUGGAGAGUCGGUUAAGAUAGCCGAAUCACUGGAUGGCCCAAUAAUGCAGAGAUACUGCUCACUUGCAAAUGACUCAAGUAUGUGGUUGUCUCUUGGAGGGUUUCAAGAGAAAGGGCCGGAUGAUUCACACCAGUACAAUACACACGUAUUAAUCGAUGACUCUGGAAAAGUUAGGAGCUCAUAUCGAAAAAUACAUUUGUUUGAUGUGGAUGUACCUGGCAAUAUGGUGUAUAAGGAAAGCCGAUUCACGACAGCAGGUGAUACUGUCGUUGCGGCGGAUAGCCCUUUUGGACGAUUGGGGCUUACGGUUUGCUAUGAUUUGAGAUUUCCAGAGAUUUAUCAAUGUUUGCGUUUUAAGCACCAAGCACAGGUCUUGCUUGUACCAUCUGCGUUCACAAAGGUAACCGGGGAGGCACACUGGGAAAUUCUUCUUCGUGCUCGUGCAAUCGAGACACAAUGUUAUGUUAUUGCUGCGGCUCAAGCUGGAAAACACAAUGAGAAAAGAGAAAGCUACGGUGAUUCUAUAAUUAUUGACCCAUGGGGAGUAGUUAUAGCUCGACUUCCAGAUCGACUGUCCACUGGAUUUGCAGUAGCAGAUAUCGACUUGUCAAAAGUUGAGGCUGUGCGAACCAAAAUGCCAAUUUCUGAGCAGCGCAAGUUUGACAGCAUCUUGAAAUCCUCAUCAUUGUAACUGCCACGCUUAUUAGAGUCGUCGCUAUCAUCUUAUGAGAGAGCUGGCCUUGCACGGUUCGCGCUCAUUUCCACAUUCCAGAGAUUCUUCUUGUGUGUAACUGCCAUUUUGUUGAGAAAAUGAUCCAAUAGUUCAUUACGGACUUCAGUGAGAUAUGGUGUAGAACAAAAUAAGCUGCAAUGGUAGUAAGUAGCAUAUAUAUCUUGUAAUGUAAAUAUAGCAUCCAUACUUGGCUCAGAGCACCUUAUAUGCCGUAAUUUGGCAAGAACAUGCGAUGUAUGAGUAUGAGCGUGGGGCUUGCCUGAA